AUGAUCAAAGAAUUGAAUAAGAAAAUGAAUAUGAAUAUGAAUAUGAAUACGAGUACAAAUAUGAACAAUAUGAACGAAGAUAUGAGUGUUAAUCCAUUCCAACAGCAAUACAUGAACUUGUCCAGCGCAAAGUCAUCUGAUGUUGCAAUGGCUGCAACAGCAGCAGACGUUAAAAUCGAGCUCAACCAGAGCUCCACAAUGGGUGAAUUGAUCUUUGACAAGUUUAUCAACCACGUUGUCGAUCACCCAGUGCACCAAGCUGAGUCUCCUGUAGCUCCUGUUUCUGGUGACAGAAAUACCACCAUUGUCGAAUCAUCCGCAUCCUCCCACCACGACGUUUCUCCAACUCUGUUCCACAUGAACUCAGCUGACCCAACUAUUGGGUCCACUGAGAUCUCCGCUACAGAGUUGAGUGCUUCCAUCGUCGACAACUUCUUCGACCCAUCCUCUUCUACCGACUCGACUCCAAUGUUCGAGUUGGACAAUCAGGACUUGGGCGGCGUUGAAACUUGGACCUCAUUGUUCGACAAUGAUAUCCCUGUUACCUUGGACGACGUUUCCGCUUCUGCAAAUGCUGCUACUUUGGAACUCGAACUAGAAUCCAAUGCCCAACACGCUUCAGAAUCCCAAGUACAACUCGAAUCCGUUGCUUCGGAAUCUAACGUUUCUAUCGUCAACGAUUUGGUGGCUCCAUCUACUACCUCGAUGGCUUCUUUGAAGCAGAACCAAUUCCUACCAACCCCAAUGUUGGAGGAUGACCUGCAGUUGCCAAAGCCUCGCAAGGCUUCAGCUUCUACAUCUGCCUCAGGUAAAGUCACUAAAUCGUCCUCUAGAAACUCCACCUCCGGCACCAAAUUGGAUGACUUGGGAGUUGUUGCAUACAGCAGAAAGCAACGUUCAGCUCCUUUGACUCCGGUGAUCCCCGAAUCUGACGAUCCAUUGGCUGUUAAGCGUGCUAAGAACACCGAGGCCGCUAGACGUUCCCGUGCAAGAAAGCUACAGAGAAUGAACCAAUUGGAAGAGAAGGUCAAGGAAUUGCUGGAAAGAAACUCAGACUUGGAAAACGAAGUUGUUAGAUUGAGAUCUUUGCUAGGUUCUCAGUAA